AUGGUUCUGUUCAUUGAGCGCAGUAUACGCGGCGGCCUCAGUCAAUGUUCAGGUAGAUACGCGCAGACUAAUAAUAAGUAUAUGCGUUCGUACGACCCAUCGAAACCGUCAUCAUACUUAAUGUAUUACGAUGUUAACAAUCUAUAUGAAUGGGCGAUGAGUCAACCAUUGCCAUACGCUGAAUUUCAAUGGGUCAAAGACGUUGCGAACUUUGACGUGAGCACGAUCGCUCCGGAUUCGCCCACCAGUUACAUUCUCGAGGUCGAUCUCGAGUAUCCACAGCAUCUUCAUGACGCUCAUGCAGACCUACCAUUCUGUCCUACGCGCGAUAAGCCGCCUGGCAAGCGCGAGAAUAAACUUCUAGCGACGCUGUACGAUAAACAGCGUUACAUCAUCCACUACCGUAAUCUGCAGCAAUGUACUCGUCACGGUCUUCGCGUAACAAAGAUCCAUCGGGUGCUACAAUUCGCGCAAUUUCCAUGGGUUCGCGAGUACAUUCAACUCAAUACCAAUUUCAGAACUCGUGCGAAAAACGAUUUCAAAAAAAAUUUAUACGAAUUAAUGAACAACGCGGUUUUCGGCAAAACAAUGGAGAAUGUGCGCAAUCACGUCGACGUAAAAUUAUUAACAAAAUGGGACGGAUGGUACGGCGCGGAGGCAAUGAUCGCAAAACCAAAUUUCCACAGUCGUAGCGUCUUUGCGGAAAAUUUAAUCGCCAUCGAACUGCGCAAACUCGAGGUGAAGUUCAACAAGUCGAUUUAUGUGGACAUGUGUAUACUCGACAUAUCGAAAGUCUGCUUGUACGAAUUUCACUACGAGUACAUGUCACCACUGUUUUGCGACAAAUGUAACAUUAUGUAAACUGACACAGACAGUCUUAUAUACCGCGUCGAGUGCGAGGACAUUUACGAGACGAUGAAACGUAAUAUCGCUAGAUUCGACACGAGCGAUUAUCCGACGGAUAAUGCGUACGGUAUGCCUCUCGCGAACAAAAAAGUAUCUGGAAGGACGAGAACAACGGUGCGAUAAUGACCGAAUUCGUUGGACUCAGAGCGAAGAUGUACGCGGUGAGGGUGAACGGCAAGAAGGACACUAAAAAAGCGAAAGGCAUAACAAGUAACGUCGUAGCGCGAACGAUAACGUUUGACGAUUACACGCGGUGUUUGAAAGAAGAUAUCGAAAUGACUCGUCGUCAAUCGU